CUUCAAUUGUGCACCACACGACGUUGCGCAAUCUUUACUUGUAUCGAAGAUCAACCAAUCAAGUGCCAAUUAGUGCACUGUAAUCGUCGCAGCAACGCCUGGACAGAACAAAACGAUGGUGGAGGUGACGGUGCUGGACUACGGCGCUGGCAACGUGCGCAGCCUGAAGAAUGCUAUCCGCGCUGCGGGUCAUUCGGUAAAGGAUGUGUCCUGUGCUGAGGAUAUCCGCAACGCUGAUGUGCUCAUCUUUCCGGGCGUGGGCAACUUCCGUGCCGCCAUGGAAUUCCUUAACACCAGCGGCUAUGUGGAGGAGCUCAAGAGUUACAUCGCUGCUGACCGCCGUUUCAUGGGCAUCUGCCUGGGCAUGCAGACGCUGUUCGAGGGAUCGGAGGAGUGUCCCGAGCUCAAGGGCCUGGGCAUCAUCAAGGGUAAAGUGGCGCGCUUCCCUUCUGAGCAGGUGACGGUGCCGCACAUCGGCUGGAACGGCAUCAACGCCUGGAAGAAGUCGGCGCUGUUUGCUUCUUUGCCCGUAAGCACAGAGGAAGCCAUGGUCUAUUUCGUGCACUCAUUCCGUGCCACCAAGACGGACAAGAACGCUGACUGGGUGCUAUCCACCACCAAUUAUGGAGAAUUGGAGUUCGUCAGUGCUGUGCAGAAGGGCAACGUCAUGGCCACGCAGUUCCACCCAGAGAAGAGCGGGGCAGUCGGUAUUGCUAUUCUGAAGGGUUUCUUGGAGAACAAGGAUCUUGCGGACCACGACGCUCCGAUCCCCACGGCAGUCGCGGCGCCGCGAACGACGCUCUCCAAGCGUAUCAUCGCGUGUCUGGAUGUGCGUGCCAAUGACCAGGGAGACCUCGUGGUGACUAAAGGCGACCAGUACGAUGUUCGUGAGACUUCAGAUAGCGCUGAAGGAGGCAACGUCCGCAACAUGGGUAAACCGGUGGAUUUGUGCAAGCGCUACUUCGAGGAGGGUGCGGAUGAAGUAGCGUUUCUCAACAUCACGAGCUUCCGUGAACAACCGAUGGGCGACUUGCCAAUGGUUCAGGUGCUAGAGGCCAGCUCUGAGUGCGUGUUCGUGCCGCUCACGAUUGGUGGUGGUAUCCGUGAGUACGUGGACGAUCAGCAGAAAACCCACUCGGCGCUGGAUGUGGCAGCACUGUACUUCCGCUCGGGUGCUGACAAGGUUUCUAUCGGUAGUGAUGCCGUGUACACGGCAGAGAAGUAUUACGCGAAUGGUGGUAAGGGUGACGGUAGCAGCUCGAUCGAGACCAUUUCUGCUGUGUACGGUAAUCAGGCCGUAGUGGUAUCCAUGGACCCGAAGCGGGUGUACGUGGCCUCGUUUUAUGAUGAGAACGCCAAGGGCCACAACGUUGUGAAGCUUUCGCAGCCAGGACCGAACGGUGAGGAGUACUGCUGGUACCAAAUGACUGUCCGUGGUGGCCGUGAGGCCCGCGACAUCGACGUGGUGCAGCUGGCCCAGGCUGUUGAAGCUCUCGGCGCUGGUGAGCUUCUGCUUAACUGCGUGGACAUGGAUGGGCAGAAGGCCGGCUAUGACCUGGACCUGAUUUCACUGGUGAAGAAAUCGGUGCGUAUCCCCGUUGUUGCGUCCAGUGGUGCUGGUAAGCCCGAGCACUUCACGGAAGUCUUUGAGAAGACGAACUGUGAUGCUGCCCUCGCGGCCGGUAUCUUCCACCGUAAGGAGGUGGCCAUCCAAGAUGUCAAGGCGCAACUUCACACUGAUAAUAUUAGUGUGCGUCUCUAGGCGCAUCUUCAUGCAGUAGCGCAGCCGCACAGGAGCAAAGUUCAGUGACUAGAUGCAUGAUACGUGCUUCUGUUCCUCACAAAAGUGGCACUCUAGCAUUCCUUCGCUAGCGCAUCUUGCAGCUCCGUUCACACAUAUCGUGCAGGGACCUUACGUACACACGAACACGAAAAAAAAUAGAGCAAAACCACAGCGGAAACCUUGUACAUGUACAUUUUGCAUGUCUUCCUGGAAUACUAUCCUUGCUCAAGUGGUUGAGGAAAGUAGAAUAUUUCUCCG